GUUACCGUAAAAUAACGUAUGACCGAAACGAAAGUGGAUAAGGCAAAUGAAUCCUCCCUCUGCUUCUGCUUCUGCUGCUGCUUCGAGUAGCAGAGAAGAAAGGCGAAGAAGAAGUGCGAGUUCAGGGCUGAAGGACCGAUCCAAAACCACUUCAUCGAAGCUGUCUUCUUCUUUAUCCAAACGAAGCACUUCACCCUCUGCCACUCUUCUCGAUGAUGAGUAUGACACCACCUCUCUCUUUCCCGAUUCCCCUAACCCUAACCCUCGAAGCUUCCCCCACAGUGUCAAACAGCAAUGUUGGGAAAAGUCCGACAAGAUCAAAGGACGAGACCCCGAUCGUUGGCGCAGGGACCCCCUCGGUAACAUUGUUUUCCGCAAGCUCGUAGGUUGCCCUGGUUGUCUCUGUCAUGACUACGAUCAUAUUCUCCCUUACUCUAAGGGGGGGAAAAGCACGCUGGAAAACUGUCAAGUGUUACAGGCAACAGUCAAUCGAUCAAAGGGUAAUCGAACAGAGAUCUCUAAAGCUGAUCUUAUUCAGAAAAGUUCUUAUUGCAGGGUUUCAGGUCGUGAUAUGGAUCUUCUGGAACUGUCAGCCUAUGGCAAUGUCCGGCGUGGACCAGAUUCUGGGGGAUGUAGAAUCCAAUGAACAUUUUUAUUCAUAUUAUAUGGUUGAUUCUGGGUUAGAUGAUGGCCUUGUAGCUAUCCGUUCUCACAAAUCUUUUUUGGGGCUUCAUUUGUGAACAGACAUGUUGAAACUGCAAACAAAAAAAUGGCACUGUCAUCUAAGUUAAUUUAUUCAAGUCUUGCUAUGCUUAUCCUCCUCUUUUCCAAAACUCUUUUGAGGCUUUCUCUCGAGCAGCGCUGAUUUGGAAGGGCAAAAUUGUCAUAAUUCAAAGGGCAAUUUUCCGGUUCCAUUUUUAAUUUUUCGUUAUUU